AUGAUGUUUUCAUCAACCUGGCGACUGGUCGCCACCGUAUCUCUCGUAUCGACGGCAUACUGCCUGGAUGUAACACCCGGCUCGGACUGUGCGGCAUUAUGUUUGGGCGGAUCGAACGGGACAUCACUAGACACAUCGGCCUCGCCCACAAACUCGUCCGAUAUCGUUUGCGAGAACAAUCAAUAUCACACGUCGGGCAAGGGGAUCAAAUUCAAAAACUGCGUCAGCUGUCUGCAGGACAGCCAGGCAACGAAGGGUUCAGACAGUGAUACGGCAGCGUUUCUGCGCAACAUUAGAUAUGCGGUCGAUUCUUGUAUCUAUAGUUUCCCCGAAGUUGUGUCGGAUCUCAACUCUCCCUGCGGCAUCAAAGCUGCCUGCGAACCGCUCCGUACCGCCUUGACGACAUCCCUCACGACAUCAAAUAGUGACAAUACCUAUGACUACUGCACCGCAGACGGGGCGAAGUUCCCCACCGGCUACUGGUCGUGUGUAAAAUGUUUGCAGUCGAGUGAGCAGCAAAGUUACCUCUCCAACUUCCUGAUUGCGUUGAAGGCAGGAUGCCAGCAGAAGCCGGCCCUCGGAAGCGUCAUCGCUUUGACGGGGCAAAUCUUCUCAGAUACCCCCGUCAACAUCAGCGAGCAGUCGACAAACACGACGAUGCCAGGAGACGGAGGCGCCUCCGCCACCACGAUGACCAUGGGUACCAUCGUUGGCAUCGCAGUCGGCGGCGGCCUCGUCUUCAUCGGGGCCAUUUGCCUCUUCAUCGUCUACUGCCGCAAACAACGAAAGAUCCGUGAUGAAGUGAACCGCGAUCGCGACGACUUACCGCCGCGAGCGGACAGCAACGCGAGCUCCCACACAGCCAUCAACCCAUACCUAUCCAUCGCCGACCACAAAAAGUCUUCCUCCAUCAACUCGUUCAACUACGAGCUCCAGGAGAAGCACAUGGCCAACGCCGACUACUACGAAGAAGACAGCCGCAUCGGACGAAGCAACGCCAGCUACAACUUUGACCCGCAUAUGGCGCACCGCAACGCCGGCAGCGCCCUCCCGACGCACCCGGCCUACAUCCCGCGCGCCAUGAGCCGGCAGACGCAGCACUCGAUCACGCCGCCGAACCAGAACUACCCUCCUCCUCCCAUGGACACGGGCAUUAUACCCAUCUUCCCGCGGACAGCCGCAUCGCGGUCGUCCUCGCCCGCGCCGUCGCGGUGGCACAGCGGCAUGGCAAGCCAACGAACCAGCCCGCUUCUCCCUCCGCCACCAGCGGGCCCGCCUCCGCGGACCACAAUGGUCCCUUCGAUUUCCAUGCCAACGAUGCCUCGGCUGCGGAUUCCAAAGAAGUACUCGCCGCCUCAGAUCAUUGUAUCUGGUGCGUCGCCCAUCGACGGCAUGAACAACACGCCUGUAAUGAGCAUAUCCGAACCACUGAGUCUGCGAGAGAACAGGUUCCAAGACAGGCCUUUGGCUGGGGGUCCUGUUACGUCUAAUGUCGCUCCGGUGAGAGAUGUUGACCCGGCUGAUUGGGAAAGGGAUAUACCCAUUGGCAGUGGGAAGAGCACACUCUACGGAUAA